AAUGAUAAAUGGCGUUGGGUUUUGUCUUUCAAUUUCAAUUUGUACGAUCACUCGAUUGACGAAGUUGGAGUAACUCAGUUCAAGUAGGAUUUCAAAAAUGAGGAACUUGCUGCCCUUCCUUGUUCUGAUCGCGGUCGCCUCGGCCUUUGGCAACAUCCAAACGCAAUUCGAUGGCCCUGAUGAGGUCGAAUUGAGGCUAUUGGAGCCGGCAGUCGUUCCCGAUCCGGUAGACGGAGUAAGCCGCUGGUGGUACACUCCUUCCCGAAAGGCCCACAUUUACCGUCACAAAUACCCGAAAAAUAUUCAAGCUCAGCCAAGGCAAGGCGAGGAUCUACGGCUACCGGGCGACGUCUUACCCCGCUUAUAUAAUGUCCGUCUUCUGCCCUUCAUCGAAGUUGGCAACUGGACCACCGACGGAUACGUGGAAAUAUUUCUCGACUGCAUCAUCUCGACCGUUAACAUUUCCAUGAACAGUCUAGAUCUCACCAUCGAUCCGGCUUCCAUAACAGUGACGGAGGAACAGACCGGCAAUCCCAUUUCCGUUGUCGAUUUCAUCGAUGAGCAAUCGACUCGCGAAAUCAUCACGAUUCAAGUCUCCCGGCCAUUGACUGCCGGCAAACAGUACAAAAUCACAAUGAAAUUCAUUUCGAUUUUAAACGCUUUAUUGGCGGGAUUUUAUCGAUCAUCUUACGUCGAAAACGGCGUGACCAAGUAUCUAGCCGUGACUCAAUUUGAGGCAACGGACGCUCGCCGCUCCUUCCCCUGCUUCGACGAGCCCACAAUGAAAGCCAAUUUCACUGUCACGGUUGGUCGCAAAGAGACAUGGACUUCCGUCAGCAACAUGCCGCUCAUCACAACAGAACCCAUUGUUGGAAUGCCUGGAUUCGUUUGGGACAAUUAUCAGACGUCGGUGACCAUGUCGUCGUACCUUGUGGCGUUUAUGGUGUCGGAAUUCAUUGGUAUCCCAGCAGAACCAGGACUCAGCAACGUGGAAUUCAGCAUUUGGGCUAGACCGGAAGCCCGCAACCUCACCGAUUACGCACGAAACAUUGGGCCCCGGAUUUUGGAGUUUUUCGAGAGUUAUUACAACAUCGACUAUCCGUUGCCAAAGCAAGACAUGGCUGCUAUUCCAGACUUUGCCGCAGGAGCCAUGGAAAAUUGGGGAUUGAUCACCUACAGAGAGCAAUAUCUGCUUAUCGAUCCCAGUACGGCCACUGCCCGUGCAGUCCAACUGGCCGCAGUGGUGAGCGCUCAUGAGCUGGCCCAUCAGUGGUUUGGAAAUCUCGUAACAAUGGACUGGUGGAACGCUCUUUGGUUAAACGAAGGAUUCGCAUCAUACAUGGAGUACAUCGGAACUGAUGCGGUGGAGCCUGACUUUAAAAUGAACGACCAGUUUAUCAUUGAAAAUUUGCAAUACGUGUUCGGUAUUGACGCUUUGGAAACAUCUCGACCCAUCAACAUCGAAGUUAACACACCUGCCGAAAUCAACUCGAUGUUUGACGCCAUCUCCUACGAAAAAGGCUCUUGCGUCAUCAGGAUGUGCGCAGAUAUAAUCGGACUGGAAACGUUCCAGCGGGGAUUGACACGUUAUCUCAACGACAAUGCGUAUGGCAAUGCAGGUCAAGACAACCUGUGGGCUGCCCUUCAAACUCAGGCGGAUUCAGAAAAUGUGAUCCUCCCUGCGACGGUCAAGGAGAUCAUGGACACUUGGACCUUCAAAAUGGGCUUCCCAUACGUAACUGUGAUCCGCAACUACCAAACGGGCGGCGCUGUCGUGAUUCAGAACCGGUUCCUGCUGCGGAAGAGCAAUGACACCACCGAUCCGACCGUCUAUCAAUGGUGGGUCCCUCUAACGUACACCAGCGACUACACUCAGACACAGCAAAGAGACUGGCUCUCUGUCGAUGAAUUCAGUAAGUCAUUGCCCAAUCUAGGAGCUGCCGCCAACCAAUGGGUCAUCUUCAACGUCGAUCAACAGAACUAUUACCGAGUGGCUUACGAUCCUACCAACUACGGUCUGAUCCGUGACCAGCUCAUAGCCGACCACCAACGCGUCUCCGCCAACAACAGAGCUCAGCUCCUAGACGAUUCUUUCAACUUGGCUUUGACCGAAUUGAUUCCAUACACUGAUGCACUCGAUCUCACUUUGUACCUGAAAUACGAACGAGAGUACGUCCCAUGGCACGCAGUUCUUUCCGAACUCAACUACGUCGACAUUAUGCUCUACAACUUUGCCGAGUUCUCCAACUGGAAGACUCACAUGACAAGCCUGGUCGAGCCCUACUACAAUUUCAUCGGAUUCCAAGAGACCCAGUCUGAUCCUCACCUGACAAAGUAUUGCCGCAUCGAUGCCAUGAACUGGGCCUGCAGAUUGGGAGUGGCUGAUUGUGUCCAAAACUCGCUAAGCACAUACGCUACUUUGAUGAGCCAACCCGACAAUCUCGUCCAAAUCGUUUCGCCCAACGAAAAGUCAACGAUCCUGCGGACGGCCAUCGAGUAUGGCGGACAGGCCGAAUACGAUUUUGCUUUCAACCAGUACAAAACAAAGUCGGACACCAGCUUCCUUGUGGCCAUGUGCGCCAGUAAGCAAGCCACUGUACUAUCUGGGUUGCUCGAAAUGUUGCUGGAUCCUACUUCGGGCAUCUUGAGUUCGGAUGUCAACACGGUCUUCAACAACGUAGCAAACAACCCGAUUGGAAACGAGAUUGCUCUAGAUUUCUUGAUCAAUCGAUGGGACGACAUUCAAAAUGCUUUGGGUUCCGUUUACUUUGCUACCUGGUACCGCUACGUUUGCACCCGUCAAAAUACUCAAGCUGGGCUUGAUAAACUUAUUCAACUAAGGGACGCUCAUUCAGUCAUCUUGGGCAAUUCCAACAGUGUAAAACAAGGAAUCCAGACCGUGGAAUCAAACAUCAAAUGGGUUUCGCUGAACCUGGGUGAAAUUGGCACUUGGCUGGCCGGCAAUCAACCAGCGUAGACCAUUUCCAAAGUCAUUCGCCGCCAGUAAACGAAGACGCAAUCCAAGUUAUCUUAUUACAUUAAAGUCAAUCCCCCCCCCCCUAAAGUUCUAGAUUAUGUAGUAAGGCUGACAAUACAAAUUCUGCAGUAGCAAU